AAGCAGGAAAGGAGCUGUUCAGAGACAUCAGAGCUGAGACAAACAAAACACAUAACCAGACUGCUUUGUAAAGGAAAUCAUCAGCAGAAUACAGAAGAGGAAAAGUGAAAAGAUUCUUGAGAUCCGGAGGUGAUGUGGAAAACAUACAGAAUGGAAGAAUGGAAACUCCCAUGUCUCCUCCUACUGCUGGGAGCAUUUACCACUGUUCAAUGCCAGGGCUUCCGCAUGCGUUUCAAACGGGGAGCCAGAUCUAGAGUUACAGCCAUUUGCACAGACCACUCAUCCAGAGAGAUUUACCAGCACAGGAGGACCUGGCUGAGACUCUCAGGGAGCAGAAUUGAAUAUUGUAGAUGUGACAGUGGCCACAGUCGCUGCCACACUGUGCCUGUCAGAGCCUGCACUAAAAAUAAAUGCUACAAUGGAGGUCAAUGUUCACAGGCAUAUUACUCCCCACAGCUCUUCAUUUGCCAGUGCCACCAAGGCUUCUCUGGGAAGCAGUGUGAAACAGAUACUGAAGAUAAGUGCUACCAAGAUGCUGGAGUAACAUACAGGGGUACAUGGAGCACGACAAACAGUGGGGUUGAAUGCUUAAAUUGGAAUAUGAAUGGAUUGAUGGAUUGGAAGUACAGUGGCCAAAGAGAGGAUGCUGCUGAGCUGGGAUUGGGCAAUCACAACUACUGCAGAAACCCAGAUGAAGACUCCAAACCUUGGUGCUACAUCUACAAAGGGGGAAAGUACACCUGGGAACACUGCAGUGUGCCUCCCUGUUCAAAAGUUGGGAACAUCAACUGUAAAUCUGGAAGAGGCACAGAUUACAGAGGCAGCCACAGUGUUACCAGUUCUGGAGCUACCUGUUUGAGGUGGAAUUCUCGAAUCCUUGCCAACAAGUUAUAUACUGCUUGGAGAAGAGAUGCUUACCAGCUGGGCCUUGGUAGUCACAAUUUCUGCCGGAAUCCUGACAAUGACAGUAAGCCUUGGUGCCAUGUACUGAAAGGAAACCAGCUCACAUGGGAGUAUUGCAAUGUGCCUACUUGCUCCACCUGUGGCUUAAGGCAGCGCAGAGUACGCCAAUACCGGAUUAAAGGUGGCUCCUAUGCAGACAUUGCAGCUCACCCAUGGCAGGCUGCCAUCUUUGUGAGGUAUCGUCGAGCACCUGGAGAGCACUUCCUCUGUGGAGGAAUUCUGAUCAGCUCCUGCUGGGUUUUGUCAGCUGCUCACUGUUUUGAAGAAGGCUUUAGUACAAGUCAACUGAAGAUUGUGCUGGGCAGGACUUCUCGAGCAACUCCUGAGGAGAAUGAACAAAAGUUUCAAGUGAAGAACUACACUGUGCAUCCAAAAUUUGACUCAGAAAACUAUGACAGUGAUAUUGCUCUGCUGCAGUUGAAAUCUGACUUAGAAGAAUGUGCUGUUGAAACAGAUGCAGUCCGUGCUGCCUGCCUCCCGACACCAGAACUGCAGCUGCCUGACUGGACUGAAUGUGAGAUCUCUGGUUAUGGCAGAGAUGAAGAAUUUUCUCCCUUUUAUUCAGACCAUUUGAAGGAAGGCCAUGUCAGACUGUUUCCAGCCAGUCGGUGUACAACGCAGCAUCUAGACAACCGGACAGUUACAGACAAUAUGUUAUGUGCAGGAGACACAAGACACCUUGAUGAUGCCUGCAAGGGUGACUCUGGAGGGCCUCUAGUCUGUAUGAAGGAUGAUCGGAUGUAUCUAAUUGGGAUCAUCAGCUGGGGAAUAGGCUGUGGCCGUAAAGACAUACCUGGCGUUUAUACAAAUGUGAAUCGUUACCUCGACUGGAUUCAGGACAACAUGAAACCCUGAGGAAGAAAAAUAAGCUCUCCAAAGUCUCAUGGUUCUGACCUAUUGGAAUACAUCCCAGUGUGAGGAAGAUCCUAGUAGCAGAAUUGGGAAAAGCUGUUAAAGACAGUUGAGUAAAGACACAGCAUACAAUGCCCCUUUCUUGAGCUUUACCAUAAAGGAGAGGGUAAGGUCUGGCAUCCCAGUCAGCUUGACACAAGCAUCAAUCACCCCUUGGAUUUCAGCAGUAACUGUGGAACCUGCAAAAAUAAACAUAGGAGGUUAUAUGAAUCAGAACAAAACUCAUCAUGACAUGAAAAAGAUACGAAGCGGGAAGGGAGGGAAUCUAACACCUUUAUGAAAUGUCAUCGCUCAUUAAGUUUGCUGCUCAAUACUUUUUUCACUCUCAACUGCUUCUAGAGAAGAUGCAUAUAAAUAACCACUGUCAUCAGCAACAUCCAUUUUGAUUACCAGCGACAAUGGCUCCCAACUAUAACAAAACUAAGAAGCACUGAAUCUAAGAGAAUAGCCCCAGAAGGCACAAUUGCCACUCACCUUCUAUUUUCCAAUAUAGAAUUGCAUACAAUAUCUUAAGGAUGGUCAAAGGAAAAGGACAAAGUCAAUUUCUUGAUGCUUCACUAACACAUUUGACCAAAUAGAACCUACAGGUUGGCAAGACUUCAGAGUAAGAAUAGGAACAGAACUUCCCACAUUUGAGGAAAGAGCAACUCUGGCAAACCUUCUCUCUUCAAGCACUAUCAGGACAUGCUACUCUAGUCUUAGACAGAGGCAACUUCCAUACCUGAUUUGUCAAUGAUUGCAUCUAUCUCCUCAAUCACAUCAAAAUAUGCCUCAUUGUUGGUAUAUUUCACACCAGUACGUCUCCAAGGCACCACUGAUAGCUGUCCUGUGGGGAGCUGGUCACCCACAUUUGUGCUUCCUGGAAAAGAAAAGUUGAUCAGAAAACCCACAGAUGUCAGCAAAUGCUCCAGAAGUCAUACCUGGCCUCAUCCAACUAAGCUGUAAUCAAUUUCUGAGAAUCUCCUUUUCAGAAGAGCAGUUACGACUCAUCGUCUAAAUUCCAUCUCUCCUACAUCUGACUUUGGAACACAUUCCAGUGAAGCACAGAAUAGAGUUAUUUAAACAGAACAAGCAAACAAAAACAAAACCCCACUCAUCUAGGAAGUUGCAUUGUAGCUCUAACUAGAAAUGCAGUCUGUGUAUUCUGUUCUUUUUGUUAAAAGGAUACAAAUGGUACUGGAACUAGGAUAAGUCUAGAGCAAAGCACUAUCACAGACCUCCCAAGAUAUAGCAGUGUCGGAGUUCAGAGGCUAUCAGACAACACAGAUUCUCUUUUCGACCCAUAUCCAAAUAUAUUUUUGCACGAAUACUGCUCCAGCUUAUCUGUUUUUUGUUUCCCUGUACCUGUGAUGGUGUUGACAACUGUUCGCAGGAUAGUGGGAGGUUUUAUCAGCUCCUUGAGAAUAUUAGAUUCCGUUGCCAAUGGAAAACCAUUGUCCAGCAUUUCCUCCAGCACCUCAUAAACCACCACAACAUUGUCCUUGAUCAUCACCUCUGAACAGACACCAAAAUAAUCCUGUGUAAAAGAAAUAAUUACUCAACAACUUCUAGAAGCUGAAGAUAAGAGAGUCUUACUGAUGAUUUAGCUCAGUGUUAUGCUCCACAGGAAUAAACCAAGUCUCCUUCCAGAUGAAGUGAAACAACACUGAAACUCCAUAUAUCUACAGAAGCCCAUUGGACAGACUAAGCACUCCAACAGAUGUGCACAGUUCUAAGCAUACUUCCACCACUGCCCCAGCAAGCUGGCAUAUUAGUGCAUCACAACAUGCUCUUCUUCUCUCUCUAUAGAAAGACUCUCUCUUACAGAGAAGAGACUUUUUAAAAUUAGCACUUACAAAGUGCUAAUUGCAACUGAUUAAGCAGCAGUAUGUAUACAAAAAGCAUAUUUCCUUCACCCAUUACUCUGACUUGUAUAUGGUGAUGCAUUUCAUUAGAAUCCAGUACUAAAUACAGUCUUCUGUAUCUGUCAUAGUCUUUGUCUACAGUACUUUCAAUAUCUUAACCAUGCAGCACUGCUGUUUAAGGAAUUCAGUAUCUCCUGAUCAAAGCCUUCCAAUUAGUUUUGUUACAAUGCAAAUGUACAUGUAGGCAUAACACAAUAAAUAAUUUUUAAAAA